GGCAGUGUCAUAUUGUGUACAAAACACCGACACAAGAGAGCAAGAACAGGCCGCCCCUUUUCCAAGGGAAUUCACUUGAUAUUAGCAAAAUAUUUACACCAGGAUACUUAAGCAUAUUGUUCAACUGUUAUUAAGAAAUCAUGUCUAUUGAAAUAGAAUCUGCCGAUGUGGUACGUUUGAUUCAGCAAUAUCUCAAAGAGAGUAAUCUCUUAAAAACUCUCCAAACACUACAGGAUGAGACUGGAGUGUCUUUGAAUACAGUAGACAGUAUUGAUGGAUUUGUCGCUGAUAUUAAUAAUGGUCAUUGGGAUACAGUUUUAAAGGCUAUCCAGUCUUUAAAACUUCCAGACAAAAAAUUGAUUGACCUCUAUGAACAGGUUGUAUUGGAACUUAUUGAGCUGCGAGAGCUUGGUGCUGCAAGAUCUUUACUAAGACAGACUGAUCCCAUGAUUGUAAUGAAACAACAAGAACCAGAGAGAUACAUUCAUCUUGAAAACUUACUAGCGAGGUCUUACUUUGAUCCACGAGAAGCAUAUCCUGAUGGCAGCACCAAGGAGAAGCGCCGAGCUGCCAUUGCUCAAGCUUUAUCUGGUGAAGUGUCAGUAGUCCCCUCAUCUCGUUUGCUUGCUCUUCUCGGACAAGCAUUGAAAUGGCAACAGCAUCAAGGACUUCUUCCCCCAGGAACAACCAUAGAUUUGUUUCGUGGUAAAGCUGCCAUUAAAGAACAAGAAGAUGAAAAGUACCCAACUCAGCUAUCAAAACAGAUCAAAUUUGGUCAGAAAUCUCAUGUUGAAUGUGCCCGCUUUUCUCCUGAUGGCCAAUAUCUUGUUACUGGGUCUGUGGAUGGUUUCAUUGAGGUAUGGAACUUCACCACAGGCAAAGUUCGUAAGGAUUUGAAAUAUCAAGCACAGGACAACUUCAUGAUGAUGGAAGAGGCUGUACUGUGCAUGUCUUUCUCUAGAGAUUCUGAAAUGCUUGCAUCUGGUUCACAAGAUGGUAAAAUCAAAGUAUGGCGGAUCCAAACAGGUCAGUGCCUACGUCGGUUUGAGAAGGCUCAUUCCAAAGGCAUUACGUGCCUGCAGUUUUCUAGGGACAACAGUCAAGUAUUGUCUGCUUCUUUUGAUACACACAUCAGAAUACAUGGUUUGAAGUCAGGUAAACCUUUAAAAGAGUUCAGAGGUCAUGCCUCUUUUGUAAAUGAAGCUGUUUUCACACCAGAUGGCCACAGUAUUCUCAGUGCGUCAUCUGAUGGAACAGUCAAAUUAUGGAAUGUGAAAACAACUGAGUGCACCAAUACGUUUACUUCUCUUGGAGCAUCUGACAUAGCUGUGAACAGCAUUCAUAUUAUGCCAAAAAAUCCAGAACAUUUUGUUAUUUGUAAUAGAACAAACACAGUUGUUAUUAUGAAUAUGCAAGGACAGAUUGUACGGUCUUUCUCAAGUGGUAAAAGAGAGCAUGGUGAUUUUGUGUGUGCUGUGUUAUCUCCUCGAGGUGACUGGAUUUAUUGUGUAGGAGAAGAUCUAGUUUUGUACUGCUUCUCUGUACAAUCAGGAAAACUGGAAAGAACACUUAAUGUUCAUGAAAAGGAUGUUAUUGGUGUAGCUCAUCACCCUCAUCAAAAUCUGUUAUGCACUUAUAGUGAAGAUGGUCUUUUGAGACUAUGGAAACCUUAAGGUUAGUUGGAUUUUUAUUUUGUAUAUAUCUUUAUCUUGACCACUCACUUUUUCUAAAGGACAAAAUAAGUACUGUCAUAAAAG